GAUUGGAUGGAAAUGAAAAAUUAGGUUAUGUUUACUUUGGUCUUCUAGAAAAUUGGAAAUGUCGAAAAUAUUUACUCCGAUCAAUCAGAUCAGGCUCACUAAUGUGGCUGUCGUGAGGAUGAAAAAGCAGGGGAAGAGGUUCGAGAUAGCCUGCUACAGGAACAAGGUCGUAUCCUGGAGGACUAAAUUGGAAAAAGACAUUGAUGAAGUACUCCAGACCCACACAGUCUUCACCAACGUCUCCAAGGGUCAAGUAGCAAAGAAGGAGGACCUCCAGGAGGCCUUUGGCACAGACAAUCAGACAGAAAUCUGCAAGGAGAUCCUCUCCAAAGGGGAGCUCCAGGUCUCCGACAAGGAGAGACACUCCGCUCUGAACUCAAUGUUCAAAGACAUAGCAACAACAGUAGCUGACAAAUGUGUGAAUCCAGAAUCCAAAAGGCCAUAUCCAGUAUCCAUGAUAGAAAAAGCAAUGAGGGACGUUCACUUCUCGGUGAAGCCCAACAGGAAUGCCAAGCAGCAAGCCCUAGAGGUGAUACCCCAGCUGAAGUCUGUAAUGCCCUUGGAGAGGGCGCAGAUGAGGUUAAGAGUGGUGCUAAGUGGCAAGGAAGCCAGGAAACUGAGGGAGAAGACCGUGAAGAUGGCCAGUAAAGUCGAGACCGAGAACUGGGACGGGGGAACGCUCAAUCUGACGUGCCUGAUAGAUCCGGGAAACUACAGGGAGAUCGACGAGCUGAUCAGGAGUGAGACGAGAGGGAGUGGGAUUGUAGAGCUCGUGGAUCUUAAGGAGGUGACGGAGGGGGAGGAACUGUUGGAGUGAUUUUAGGGAGUUCUAGACCGCGAUUGAAAUUGGAACUAAACGAUUGUGUUAAUAUGGAUUAUUGAUAUUGAUAAAUUUCAGUAAUUGCUUUGUUUAAACUUGAAAAAAAUUAUUUUUAGCAAAUAUCUAUUUACAUCAGAGAAGUAUUUAUUUCGCCAAUGUCUCAGGUCUCCACUAGAGUCAUUGCUAAACCGAAACUGACCUGGCUGGGUAUAAAAAUAUUAUUUUCUGGCGUGAUACCUUUAACUGAAGACUCAUUUCCUGUAACCUUCGGUAGACAAAUAGUAUUUUUGGUCCCCUUGUGUCAAUUAUGAAAAAAGGGGAGAUAGAACACUGUUUUAUAUUUAAAUAUUUAAUUACCCAUAAGUCGAUCAGCUUUCACAUAAAAAUUAUAAUAUAUACAGUAGGAGUUACAUCCUAAAAUGAGUAAUUA